GAGGUGGGAGCGGAGACUACAACUCCCGGCAGCACUUGCGGCUCCGGCUGAGCACUGACUGAGCGGCUCCAUUGAUAGAGCUACGGCCACAGGACGGGAAGUCAGGCAUUAAUAAUGGCUCCAAAGAUAACGACAGAGCUCCUGCGGCAGCUGAGACUGAGCCUUAGAGCCACCAAGAGUGUCAGCGAGCCAAUCCAAGCCUACAUCGUGCCUUCCGGGGACGCACACCAGAGUGAAUAUAAUGCUCCCUGUGACUGCCGGAGGGAAUUUAUAUGCGGAUUCAAUGGCUCUGCAGGCACUGCCGUAGUAACUGAGCAGAGCGCGGCGCUAUGGACUGAUGGACGCUACUUCCUGCAGGCUGCCCAGCAGAUGGACAACAACUGGACGCUCAUGAAGAUGGGGCUGAAGGACACCCCCACGCAGGAGGACUGGCUGAUCAGCGUGCUCCCCGAGGGCUCACGUGUUGGAGUAGAUCCUUUUAUCAUUCCGUCCGACCAGUGGAAGAACCUGUCUCUCGCCUUGAAGAACGCCGGUCACCUCCUGGUCGCUGUGCAAGACAACCUCAUAGACGCCAUCUGGACAGACCGCCCGCAGAGGCCGUGUAAACCGCUUAUAACCCUGGGGCAGAACUACACAGGCUUGUCCUGGCAGGAGAAGAUCUUAGCGCUACGGGCGAAGAUGACAGAAAGAAAAGCCUCGUGGAUCGUCCUGACUGCGCUGGAUGAGGUGGCAUGGCUGUUCAAUCUCCGAGGAUCAGAUGUGGCGUACAAUCCAAUCUUCUUCGCCUACGCCAUUGUUGGACUGGAUUCCAUCAAGCUGUUUAUCAGUGGUGACCGGCUGGCGGAUCCCGCUGUCAGGCAGCACCUUCUACUGGACUCCGCCCCUCCGGCUCCGUUCCGCGUUCAGCUGGAGCCCUACGAGUCUGUACUGAGCGGUCUGCAGAGUGUCUGCGCCGGACUGUCCCCCAAGGAGAAAGUGUGGAUCAGUGAGAAGGCCAGCCACGCGCUCACAGAGGCCAUCCCCAAGACGCAGAGGUACCUGUCGCAGAACACCCCAAUAUGCCUGGCUAAGGCAGUGAAAAAUGCUUCCGAGAUUGAAGGCAUGAGGAGGGCCCAUGUAAAGGACGCUGUGGCUCUUUGUGAAUUUUUCAACUGGCUGGAAAAAGAGAUCCGCAGUGAUACAGUUACAGAAAUAUCCGCCUCUGACAAAGCAGAGGUGUUCCGCAGCCAACAAGAAGAUUUUGUUGAGCUCAGUUUUCCUUCAAUUUCGAGUAUAGGACCGAACGGCGCCAUCAUCCAUUAUAAGCCAGUUCCAGAGACCGACAGAAAGCUGAGUGUAAAUGAGAUCUACCUCUUGGAUUCCGGCGCUCAGUACAAGGAUGGUACAACGGAUGUCACCAGGACGGUGCAUUUUGGAACCCCAACAGAGUAUGAGAAGGAAUGUUUCACAUACGUGUUAAAAGGACACAUAGCCGUCAGCUCAGCCGUAUUCCCCAAUGGAACAAAAGGACACCUCUUGGACUCCUUUGCUCGCUCUGCGUUAUGGGAGUCCGGCCUGGAUUACCUCCACGGAACAGGACACGGAGUGGGGUCCUUCCUGAAUGUACAUGAAGGUCCCUGUGGCAUCAGCAACAAAACCUUUACAGAUGAGCCCCUGGAAGCCGGGAUGAUUCUGUCUGACGAGCCCGGCUAUUAUGAAGAUGGUUCGUUUGGGAUCAGAAUUGAGAGUUUGGUUCUUGUGGUCCCUGCCAAAACCAAGUACAACUUCCAGGAACGGGGAAGUCUGACCUUCGAGCCUAUUACCCUCGUCCCUAUCCAGACCAAAAUGAUCAACGUUGACCUACUGACUGAGAAAGAGGUACACUGGGUAAAUGAUUACCACAAAAAGUGCAGAGAUGUUAUUGGGCCGGAGCUGAAGAAACAGGGACGUGACGAGGCCCUCCAGUGGCUGAACAAGGAAACACAGCCCAUUUGCAAAUCCCAUUAACCCAUUUUUUAUCCAUGAUUGUUUUUGUUUUUUUAACUCUCUACUUCAAACUAAACUGAUGCCAUAUGACUUAGGGCUUCAUUUGCAGUUAGGAGGAAGUCCACCUAGAAGAUGCAAUUAUGCAUCUUAGCAAAAGCACGUUGUGUUGAGGCAGGUGCAAGUUGAAAACGUAUGGACAGAUUCAGAGUUGGGAAUGGGGAGGGCUCCCAGCUGAAUUCUAAAUCGCAGUGUAAAAUGAAAGUUGCCCAGUAUUUGUGUACGAAGCACAACAUGGGCCAAAGUGAUCUCUACGUUUGCACCUUUUCCAUCACAGGGUGGUUUGUCCGGGUGGAAAUUUUCAACCUUUUAGCUGGAUUUGCCUCUAACUGCGAAUGAUGAACCUAAUGUGGACUACCCAGCUGGCUACCUCUUUUUAUCUGGUUUAUUAUUGGCCCCCGUUUGGCAUUGCGGAGCCUCAAAUCAACAACGUUUAUAAGAAUAUUAUUACAAUUAUCAAGACUUAACAAAAGUAGAGGGUGGUUGCCCCCAUAAGGUGUGCGAUGGAAUGGCCUGGCAUUUAUACAAAGUGAUAUUGCAGCAUAGAUGAUUAAAGGCAAAUUAAUUAA